CACCAACUGUAUGUCUAUCCCCUCCACCAAGAAAUCUUUCCACAUGGAAAUUACCCUUAGAAAUAAGGAUAAAAACACCCAUCGUAUUCCUUAUUCGCCGCAAUUGCUCCCUAAAAAGGGUCAUUUACUCCACUCCACUCACUGCUCAAUAUUGUCGCCGUUCAGCAGGGUAUUAAUGCAGUCGGACUUCCCCAAGCAUAACAUAGCCGGACCCGCUGAAACUGAACGCUGUUAUUGUUGUUAUAGCAAUAGUAAUUCAUAAUAUAACACGUUGUUAGGUCGGUUGCAUCUUUGAUGUUUUGUUCUGGUCGCAUGAACGCACCAGUACGUGAUUUUCACUAAAAAGUAAAAGUACUAUAUUCUCGUUGUCGUCCGGUAAAAAAAGCUGCCAGUUUUACAUAAUAUAGUUCUUUGGUGUCGUCCUUUUUUCAGAAGGAAUAUGUGGUGGAACAUUUUAGUUGCGCUUUUAUUAAUGAUCAGUGCUGUUAAGGCACAAAGACGGGACUGUUCGGAAAAUGGAUAUGACAGAUGCGUCAGGAUAGCAGAUCCCUUGGUUAAGGAAGCUCAUUUAGUAUUUCCAGAUAACUUAGAUGACAUAGAUUUAGUUUGUCGCACCUGGAACAGAUUUGUUGACUGUCUGAAAACGUACACUGAGAGUUGCUUCACUGAAUCACAGAGAAAACAAUUCAAUAGAGCAGUUGAAAGUCCAAUUGAAAGCAUACAUCAAAUGUGUAUGCAUCCCGAUUAUCAAAAAGAAUACCUACGACAUGCCCCAUGCAUAAAAAGUACCAUAACAGAAAUAAGACACUGUGGAUCUCACUAUAACUUGCUGGUAGACCAGGUUGAUCAAGGUGAAAUAAUAUCAAAAUCUACACUAUGCUGUUCGCACGAUCGGUUUAAGCAGUGUGUCCAACGCGAGACAAGAAGAAUAUGCGAUAGAGGUGUUCAAGAUGGUCCAGCAUCUAAAUUUGCCGUUCAAACAUUGGACAAAGCUUUAAGAUUUCUACACGAUCAAUGUAUAAACUACAUACCCAAUUCUGGUGAUUGUGCAACUCCUCAGGAUUCUAUAAGAUCAUAUUCCGAUAGAUCCGAUCCAACGUCUAUACAAAGUACAGUUUCCAGUGAAACUUACCCCUGGAGUACAGUACGUCACGAUAUCGGUUUUAAGGAGAUAUCACCUUCACGAAUACCAAAAGUAUCAGUCUCUACAUCAAGUAACUGGGCUACAUCGAACGUUCCUACAGAAGAUUGGGAAAAUUUUGUAUAUUCGGGUUCGUCUUCAUUACCGACCCAACACUUAGGUUCAAGGAAGAGACCUUCAUCAUAUGGCAGAUCAAACAGCUGGUCUACAGAUUCGAGCUCUAGUGUAUCGAGCAACACUUAUCCAAUGCUUUCGGAUGUCUCAACUACCGAGGAUAACAUCUUCCGAGAAAAAUUUGCUACUGUUUCAGCAUGGGAUGUGUUUGAAGGGCUUAAUAAGCCGGGUAGUGAUCAUGUGAAUGGUCCAACGCAUCGCAAAACAAAAGAAGGUCAAAGAACUACAACAUCAAGUUUUAACACUGCUCCAACGUCCAUGUGGAAUCCUUCCGUUUUACCAUCCACUGAAACGUGGUAUCCAGCUGCGGGAAAUCAACUAACAAAUGAAGUAGAUGAACCGAACCAACUGGGGCUCACGAAACCAAAGAACAGCGGUACUACGACACAUAUUAAUUAUUUACUCCCGUGUAUAGUCAGCCUUGUAAUUUUAGAUAAGAUUAAAAACAUUUUCUUGUAAAUUUGUCGAUACCCACAAUCAGGGUUGGAAAAAAUCAUGAUUUAAAAAA